AUGAGCUAUGCAGUCCGCGCAUACUCGCAGCUGACCGCUUCAGGCGUGCGGCGAUUCGCUGGCUGCAGACUGAACACCGCCUACGCCUCUCCUUGCGCGCCGUUCCAAAGGGCCCAGCGGCUACCGCGUCCGCCGUUUCGAUGCAUCGCGACAACACCACACGCCAGGAGGGAACUGAGCGAUGAGACGGCUCGCGAAACCAACCAGAGGGACCAAGACGCCCACGAGAAACAGGUCAAAGACGGUAUCGCUGAUGUUACGAAAGCACAGAUCAAACGCCCCUGGCAAAGGGAGGGCGCAGAUGAACCCCCUGUCAGCGACUCUCGGCGGAACGUGGACAAGACUCUGACCAAGGGGAAGCUCCUCACGACCCCGACUCGCCUCCUGAAACUCAUCCUACCGCUGCCGGUCGACGCCACACACGACGAGCAGGGAAACAGAGGGGAGUUCCGAUCACUCACCCAAAACGAAGACAUCCAGCCCCUGGCGCUCCUCAUCCACCCCCAACAGCCCCUGUCCUAUCUCGAGCGCCUGAUCCAGGCCGAGCUCCCUCCCGUUCACGACGAAGAUGGCCGCGAAAAGAUGCCCAAUGUAUACUUCUACGCCGAGAGUUCCGAGAAGGACGCGUCGGGCGAGGAGAAGGGCAAAAAGGCACCAGGCAUCGCGUCGUACUCAGGAAAGGGGCGCGAGGGCGAAGAGACGCCCGCCGAACAGAAAGACUGGACGCGCUGGAGCAGCAGCACCGAGAUCGGCGACUUCAUCCGCGAUGCCGCACGCGGUCGUCAGUUCGCUAUCCGCAUCGACGGCCAUGAUACGGAGCUGCUUGUCGGGGUGCCCAGUUUCAACGACCGCACGCAUUUCAUGCGGAUCCGUCUGCGCAGGAUGUCUCGUAAGAUUGAGCAGCUGUCGGAGAUCAAAAAGGAGUGCGAUAUGAUCGCCCACCGCGGCGCCCAUAGAGUUGCCAAAGGCGGAUUUGCUGUGCUGACGGGUUGGUGGGCGACCGUCUACUUCGUGACGUUCCAUACAGAUGCCGGUUGGGAUCUCGUCGAGCCUGUCACGUACCUAGCUGGCCUAACUACCAUAAUGGGAGGUUACCUGUGGUUCCUGUUCAUUUCCCGGGACCUGAGCUACCAGGCCGCCCUGAAGAUCACGGUCUCCCGACGACAACACGCACUCUACCAAGCACGGGGCUUCGAGCCGCAGAAGUGGGAGCUCCUCGUCAACGAAGCAAAUGCGUUGAGGAAGGAGAUCAGGAUCGUGGCCGAGGAAUACGACGUCGACUACGAUGAGGCCAAGGACCUCGGCGGCGAGGAGGUCAAGGAGAUCCUCGAGGCCGAGGAGGAUAAGAAGACCAGGGGCAAAUCGGACGAAGAUGACGAUGACAGCGAUAGUUCGAAGAAAGAUCGGGCGAAGCCGAAAGAGAAGAAGAAGGACAACGACUCAUGA